AUUCUCUCCGUCUCUAAACGAAAGUCUAUAUCGAAAUUUUAAAAUAGUACAAAUUUCAAAAAUUUUAUGUGGAAUUUAUUUUUGAGGGGGAAGGAAUAUAUAUAAUAUAUACUAAGGUGACUAUAAAUACAAGAGAGAAUUUGCAUAUCCUCUUACAUAUAGUACUUCUAAAACAAACGUAAUUAUGAUUCAUUUCCACCCUAGACAAUUUGCUCCCAUUGUCAAACCGAAGCGGCUCAGUGAUGGCACGGUGCCAAUGACAGUCCACGAGUUCAAGAAGAUGUUCGACGCCGACAGGGACGGAAGGAUCAGUGAGGAAGAACUCCGGCGAGCGGUCCGUGGGAUGGGAGGAUGGUUUCCCAAAAUGAAAGCUAAGAAGGGACUUAAGUCGGCGGACAAAAACGGCGACGGCUAUAUCGACGACGAUGAAAUCGUCAACCUCAAAGACUUUGCUCUCAAGCAUUUUGGGAUCAGAAUCAUAACUGACAAAUAAAAUUAGCUAUGUCUACCACUUUGUAGAUUCGUAUGUUUUGAGAAGAUGUCUUACACAACACCUACCGUAUGGCGUGCUUACGUAUAGCCUGAAUUUGUGGACUAUAUGUACGUAUGCAUGGCAUAUGUGCAUAAAUAAAUGAUGCCCUUUUUAGGCAUAUUUUGCAGUGAAAAUGUGCAUUUUACAUACAUGUUCAUUAGGUCUCCGAUUUUUUUUCUUUUGUAAUCUUACUUUAUACUCUUUUUCUUGCAGAAAGUAUCAUCUUUGUCCCCAAAAAAUAAUUGAGAUAACGCAA